AUGCUUUUCCCUACAUCUCAUGAUCCAUCCCCUCGUGGCCUUCCUGACACAAACGACUUGUGCCUUGGUCUGCAGUCCCUCAGUCUGACUGGUUGGGACAGACCAUGGAGCACUCAGGACUCUGAUGUUUCAGGGCAGUCUAGCACACCAUCAGCAGCCCAGUCAGUUUUCAACCUACUCAACAACCCUCUUGGAAAACCGCCACCUCUUGGCUUCUUGCCAAUGGAUCCCAUUGGCUCAGACUUGGUAGAGAAAUAUCCAUCCCCCCUGCUGCGUGGCUCUCGACUGGAUAGCCGUUCGAUUUUAGACUCCCGUUCUAGCAGCCCCUCAGAUUCUGAUACAAGUGGAUUCAGCUCUGGUUCGGAUCACCUUUCUGACUUGAUUUCUAGUCUGCGGAUUUCUCCCCCUCUACCAUUCCUGCCCUUGGGAGGUGGUGUGUCUCGAGACCCUUUGAAGUUGGGCAUUGGCUCAAGGCUGGAUCAAGACCAUGCUGCUUUAGCAGCCGCAACUGCUUCCCCUAUGGGGAUGUCGAAGCGGUGGCCAGGUGCUUCAGUCUGGCCCUCCUGGGACCUUUUAGAAUCUGCAGAAGAUCCAUUUUCCAUUGAAAGAGAAGCUCGGCUGCAUAGACAAGCUGCAGCUGUAAAUGAAGCAACUUGCACAUGGAGUGGUCAACUGCCUCCCCGGAACUACAAGAAUCCAGUUUAUUCCUGCAAGGUAUUUCUAGGUGGCGUUCCCUGGGAUAUCACAGAGACUGGCCUGAUAAACACAUUCCGUGUGUUUUGGUGCUCUGAGUGUUGAGUGGCCUGGUAAGGAUGGGAAGCAUCCGCGUUGUCCUCCUAAAGGCUAUGUAUACCUGGUUUUUGAGUCGGAGAAGUCUGUGCGUGCUCUGCUUCAGGCAUGCACACAAGAUUUGCUGAAUCAGGAUGGACUAAGUGAACACUACUUCAAAAUGUCAAGUCGCAGAAUGCGCUGCAAGGAGGUGCAGGUCAUUCCUUGGGUGCUGGCCGACAGCAACUUUGUGCGCAGUCCAUCACAGCGCCUGGAUCCUAGUAAAACUGUAUUUGUUGGCGCUUUGCAUGGCAUGCUAAAUGCGGAAGCCCUUGCCUCAAUAAUGAAUGACCUUUUCGGUGGCGUGGUCUACGCUGGCAUUGAUACUGAUAAGCACAAGUACCCAAUAGGUUCUGGGCGCGUCACUUUCAACAACCAGCGCAGUUAUCUAAAGGCUGUAAGUGCAGCUUUUGUGGAAAUAAAAACAGCCAAGUUUACCAAGAAGGUUCAGAUUGACCCUUAUCUUGAAGAUUCGGUGUGCCAGGCUUGCAAUUCCCAGCCUGGUCCAUUUUUCUGCAGAGACCAGGUUUGCUUCAAGUAUUUCUGCCGUUCCUGCUGGCACUGGCAGCACUCAAUGGAGAUCCUCCGUCACCACCGCCCACUCAUGCGCAACCAGAAGAGCCGUGAUUCCAGCUAA